AUGCCAUCUCUCCGUGGUCCCGAUGAACUCAUUCAAGCCGAACAUGUCGUUUCCAAGGCGGCUCACCGGCUUGCCAUCCGCGGUGAAUGCAACGAGACGGCCGAUCUGUUUCAACCUGUCGCCGACGCCAUGACUGCAAGAGGUCUUGGGUUUUCAGGGACCAUGUCUGCAUCUCACCUCGUGACAGAAGUCUCUCAGGCAGCGACUACUGCUUCUGCCGGAUCCACGUCAGAGUCCACUGGUGAAAGCACCCCGGCGUCGACUCAAACUGCCCCUUCCACCGCCAGAAACACCUCUGAAGAACGCACUUUGACCAGCACCACCACCAGCACUGUAACCGUCACCGUGUCUCCAGACCAGUACAGCGACAACACCAAGAGCCAGGAGACCUGCCACGGAGAAACCACAGAGACCGUCACCGUCACCGUCACCGUGUAUCCUGCCCCAGACGUGACCAUCACCGCGGGAGCUUCCACCGUCACCGAAGCCAGCACAGACGUUUCCUACACCACCCGGCUUCCGGACGUGACUCUCUCCGGGAACCCGUCCACCUACACCGCCAUCCAGACCGACGUCUCCGUCACCACGGGCCUCCCAGAUGCCACCGUCUCGGGGGAAGCUUCGACCGUGACAGACGUAGAGACCAGCUGGAGCUGGUCCCUACCCAGCACCUACGCAUCCCCCUUCACAACCGUCACCAUCUCCAAUCUCUGGGGCUCUGCGCCGCCCGCCGACACCUCCGUCGAGUCCGGGCACGUCAGCCUCUCUACCCUGACAACCGUCGUUUAUUCCCAGGUCACCAUCACACUGUCCUACCCGGCCCCAACCCCAAGCGCUUCCUCAGAAGUCGCAGGCGAGGCGACCUCUACCUCGGGUCCCUCCCCGACAAGCACCUACACCGAGUUUGUCACUGAAACCGGCGGACCACCGGCCAUCGAGACCACCACCGUCGACGUCCUGCCCCCAGCUUACACGAGCUACAACACGUCCUCCGCCUCGAGCGCUGCCCCGUCCGUCGUCAUCGUCUCCGACGGGAGUAAACGCCCAGAGCCGAAAGCCUGGGGCGGCAGCAACGGCGGUAGCAACGUCGCCUGCACAGUCAUGCUCGUCGCCAUCUUGACGUUCCUACUGUAA